AUGGCUGCUUCACCUAAUCCUAUCGUGAAUGCAAUUCAAAACUCAGUCCUUACUUUCUGCGACGCCUUACUUUUACCGCUAAAAAAAGCAUUUUUUAAACCGAGCUCUGUAGAUUUAACUUAUGGUCGUGUUUCUCUUCCUUUCUCUCCAACCGAACAAACAUUACGUCAAGAACCAUACAUUUACACCGACUAUUCCAUUCCAUUUCCUUUCAAAGGCGAAUUCGACCGAUUCAUUUAUUAUCAAACCUGGUCUUUGUCAACUGUCAAACAACGCGAUACUGAUUUCGUUUGGCUUCAUGGGUUAAAUGAUUAUGGUGGACGGUUUUCACAACACUGCCUUCAAAUACUGGAACAAGGAUUUCGUGUCAUUUCUAUAGACUUGCCGAGUUUUGGAAGGUCGAGUGGUUUGCACGCUUGCAUAAAAGAUUGGGAAGAACUAACAGAAGCGGUUCGCGUGGUAAUUACUCAUGUCAAGGAACAGAAUGCGAACAAUACAGCUUUUAACAAAGAAAAAAAAAGAAGAGUGAUAUUAGGAGGUGGAUCGAUGGGUGGAUUUAUCGCGAUUUCUUAUGCAAUUAAGUAUCCCACAGAUAUUGACGCUUUUAGUGUACUGUGUCCGUUAAUUUAUGUGGCUGGUGCUAGUCGACCUUCUAAGAUUAUCGAGUAUAUCGCUAAAGUCAUUGUUGCGUCUCCACUUGGUACAUUACCACUAACUCCUGCAAGUCGUGACAAAGGUCAUUGGGAUCCAGCUAUAGAACAAGCAUUUCUUUCGGAUCCUCAAACCUAUCAUGGAAAUAUGAGAGCCUGUACAGGUAUUAUGUUUUUAAAUGGCAUUACGUGGCUUCAACAAAAGCUUGGCCUUGUUAAAAAACCAUUUUUGACACAACACGGACUGAGUGAUCGUGUAUGCGAGGAUAGAUCCUCGCGCGAUUUAUUUGCCCAAGCUCAGACACCAGACGAACAUAAAACCAUGAUAUUGUACGAGAAUUGCGAACAUGAUAUGUUGCAUGAACAUUGUUCGCAAAAGGUCAUGCAAGAUUUAAUCGAAUGGAUGAUCAAAAUUGACAAGGUGCUAGAGAAUGGUUUACUGGAUCAAUAUGAUUAA